AAUUCUCUCCAUCAGCUGUAGGAAAUUAAAGGAUGAAGAGCAGUUUACUGGUUUUUGUGCUGUUAGCAGUGGCUUUUUGUGAAGUUAAAGCUAACCCUCCUGGACACUUGAAGCCCCUGGGAGGCCAUAGGGAUCCCACUGGAGAGAUUUUAGUUAUGAGGAAUUUCCCCUCCCCCUGGGUCUUUCACGAGGAAUUUGUUAAGAAGAGUCAGCCAUUAGUGAUGAGGAAAGUCCUGGAAAAGGACAAUAUCCCAGCAUACCAACUAUGGACAGAUAAAUAUCUCAGGGAGAAUUUUGGAAACAUUCAAGUGGAAAUAGAAUUAAAUAAAAAGGAGAACCGGACCAGUGGAUUAUAUCAGAAUAUGACCAUGUCUAAAUUUGUUCAUGAUUAUCAGACAGAGAAUAUGUACCAAGUGUUUGAGCUCACACCAGAAAUGAAAAAGGACUUUAACCUGCCCCUGAGUCUACAGUGUGGGGGGUUCCAGAACUUCCUCUUUGCCAUGAUUAUGUGGUUCAGUAGUGGGGACACUAAGUCCCACCUCCAUUAUGACUCUCUUGACAACAUGAACUGUCUCUUGGAUGGAGAGAAAGAAUUUAUCUUCUUUGACAAGAAGUAUCUCCACUCGGUAAGAGAGAAAGGAUGGAAUAGUAAAGGUGGAUACAGCACAGUGGAUGUGGAAUCAGUGGAUAUGAUCAAGUUUCCACAGCUACAGAAUAUCCCAUACAACAGGAUCACAAUCAGCAAAGGGGAUUGUUUAUUUAUACCAUACAAAUGGAGUCACUAUGUGCAUUCUAAGCCAGGGAGAAACUUAGCAGUCAAUUUUUGGUUCCAUCAUUUGCCCUGGUUUAACAGCUCGGAUCCAGAUUGUGAAGGGUUGGAUCCAUACCAGAAUUCUAGUGUCCCACUAUCUACUCUGAAGCAGACAGACGAUAUUGUUGAGACAAGAAUGAUGUUCUUGGAACUGUUCGAGGAUGUCAGGAGUUUCUACAAGGGGUCCUUCAGUGAAUACAUGGAAAGGGAAAUUCCCUCCAUUAAACUGGAAGAUGUAGAAUGUCUGGAUGAGGUAUUCUCCUUCAUUGACAAGGAUGGUAACAAAGUGUUAUCCUGGGAUGAAUUAUUUUCAAUGGACAUUCGAGCAGCAAUAGACAAAUAUCCAAAAGUGUUUGGCCAGAUAUACUCCUAUAUAACAGGGGAUAAUAUUUCAUUCGAGAAGAAAAAAAAUCAGGAUAUAGAAAUAUCUGGAGAUAAGGAUCUAGGGGACCUUGUAGUAAAGAAUUCAGAUAGCAUACAGGAUGAAGAUCAAAGGUCACAAGGUGACCGACCUUCACCUGUAAAAACUCCUGAUGACCUUGAGAAGAAGAAACUGAUUAAAAUGGAAGAUGAUGGAAAUCUAGUCAUGGAAGAGGAACCAUUAAGGAGUCCUCAUGAGGAACUGUGAUUAAGUGUUAGUGGUAAAAACAAGUGUAAGUGGUAAAAACAAGUGUUAGUGGUAAAAACAAGUGUUAGUGGUAAAGACAAGUGUUAGUGGUCAAAUCAAGUGUUAGUGGUAAAAACAAGUGUUAGUGGUAAAAAGAAGUGUUAGCCACAUUAGUGAUGAAAGCAACUAUUGGUGCCUAAUUUAUGUAUUUACAUUACACUCCAGCAUGUCCAAAGCAAAUCUGGGAUGCCCUCUUCUUUCCUCUAUAGAACAUUAAGCAGAAUAGGAUUUUCUUAAACAUUUCAUUCUAUAGAAAGCAUUCCAGUUUGUGUUCAUUUGGAUAAACUUUAUGAAUGAGAUAUUCUGUCAAAUCUACGCAAGUACAUUGUGUAUGUAUGCUUAUAUUUUGGUGUUACAAUGAACUGUAGAGCCUCCAGAGCGACACUUAGGGAUCACUUUACCCAGCAUUUUUCUGUCUGUCUGUCCUGUGUGUCCAUCUGUCACACCCUAUAUCUUGAGAACUAUAAGAGGUAUAGAUUUGACAUUUUGCACACACAUUGCUUGGCACUUUGGCUUUUGUGAAAUACCAUGGUUACUGAUCUUUGAACUGGAUCUUUU